CUUUUUGUUGUUUAUUUUACUUUUGUGUAGUUUUAUUUUCUUUCCCAUCACCCACGCCGACAAAGAGGAAGCCAUCUUCAUCGAUUUUUUAAAAACUAGAAAACAUCUAAAAACUGGAAAACAAGUUGAACUGAUAUCCUCAGAGAGAAGGAACAAAUUUGCUUGAAUAUCCCAAUAGAAGAAAAAAACAACACAGAAACAUGUCAGAGUACGGACAAAAGAGGGAACAUGACGGUGACGAUGAAUACCAAGGCAGAAAGCGCCAGCGGGGCGAGGGAAACAGAGUCGAUCUUCGUGUUCUCCUGCAGAGCAAAAAUGCAGGUGCCAUCAUUGGGAAAGGCGGUACCAACAUAAAAAGGCUUAGAUCAGACUACAAAGCAAGCGUAACGGUUCCCGAUAGCGACGGCCCAGAACGAAUUUUGACCAUCAGCGCUGAGCUUGGCACAGCAUUAGAUUGUCUUCUGGAUGUGAUCCCAACGCUUGAAGAGUAUCAGAACAUGAAAGGUAAUGACUACAACUGUGAGAUCCGUAUGUUGGUUCAUCAAAGCCAGGCUGGAUGUGUCAUUGGUAGAGCUGGCUUUAAAAUCAAGGAACUCCGAGAGAAAACUGGAACAAACAUUAAGGUGUACUCACAGUGUUGCCCAGGAUCCACUGAGCGUGUUGUAGCCAUUGCUGGCCGACCAGAUGAUGUCGUCAACUGUAUUGACACAAUCUACGAACUGCUGGAAACUGCUCCACCAAAAGGACCUAACCAGUAUUAUGACCCAAACAACUUUGACGAGUUUUACUGCCAAGAGUAUGGAGGUUAUACUCUUGGCGAGGGUUUGAGAGGUAAAGGAGGUCGUGGGGGCCGUGGAGGUGGCAUGGGUGGUGGCGGCGGUGGUGGAUUUGGUGGUCGUGGUGGUGGUGGUGGCAUGGGAGGCCGUGGAGGACGAGGCGGUGGUGGUGGACGAGACAUGGGUGGCCGUCAAGGUGGAUUCGGAGGUGGCCGUGGAGGCGGUGGCGGUGGAAACUUCGGAGGACGCGGUGGUGGAAUGGGUGGCGGUGGAAUGGGAGGAGGUGGAGGUGGUAUGGGUGGAGGUCGUGGAAGAGCGAGAGGUGCUAGUAAUUUUGGUGGACGCCAACAAGGCAAUGAUUCAAACCUGUCCCAAAAUUUGGACUUUGGGGGAUCAUCAGACAUAAAACCAAGUAUGGGUGGCGGCCGUGGAGGAAUGGGCGGUGGUAACUAUGGAGGACGAGGUGGCGGUAUGGGUCGUGGCGGCAUGGGCGGUGGUAUGGGCGGCGGUGGAGGUAUGGGAGGUGGCGGUGGAGGUAUGGGAGGCGGUGGAUAUGGGGUGGAAACAUGGGUGGUGGUAUGGGAGGAGGAAUGGGG